AGCAUUAACAGACAUCAAGUUUGUUCUACCACAAAAUCGCAAUCCUAUUCAGCCUAUGUUUGAACUGAGAUUUGAGAAAGAAGGCAAAUGGUAUCCUGUUAACGCAACGGAAAGCGGUGUGACUGCAUCUAAGGUAUGCUGCGUAUGUACUUCCUUGUUGUAUAGUAUUCUGGUGUAGUUUUUUUUAUCAUUACUUUAUUACAAUAUUUAAAAACGGCUUAAUUUAACAUGCCUCAAUUAAAGGACAACUGUCACACCAUGGUAUCGCGAGCUUUUGUUACUGUUUUUAUCUUACCCAAAAUCAACAAAUAGUAAUAAAAAUACCUAGCUUGUGUGUUACGUUUCCGAUAAGAAUCAGAUGAAUGAAGCAAAGAUCGUAAAGAUCGUAUACACCCGGAUUGCAAAAAAACGAUUCCAGAUUGGUUAUCUACUGCGCCAAUAACAUGGCCGGAGGCAGGUAUUUGCAGCCCGAAAUACGUCUGAACACAAAGUCUUUGAUAUAACUGAAUCGAAAUUUUCAUUUAAAAUAACUCGCCUAUUCGUAACGACAACAAAUAAUUGAGUUUGAUUUUCCAGUUUUACUCUCUCGAAUUUUCUCGUCAUAGGUGAUUAUUGUAACUAAAUUCUUGAAAGGCAAGUGCUGAAGUGGUUAUCGUGAAGUCUUUACUCAGUCGCAGUAGUUAAAAUUCACAGGCGGCCCAAUCUCGCAAGGGUCGGUAUAGACUUAUAGUAAUGUAUAUUGUAGUAAAAUAUGUCAUAAAAUAUAAAUUUUAAAAUGAAAUUUACUUGCCUAUUUGGUAGUGCAUGUGUGCUCACCAUUUAUUCGUCUUUUGUUGAACAAAUGUUUUCCGAGACUUUGCACUCGAUGGUACUAGUACACAUAAUAUUUGAUAAAGGCAACUACUAUACAAUACUUACAAUCGUCGAUACGUCUGCACCGCACUUCGAAUAGAAAAUAUAUUCUCCCACUCAAAUCGCUUUAUUCUCAAAUAAAUUUGCCAUCAUGUAGAAUAGAUGCCGUUCUUUGAAAAUACGGAGAUGUACAAGUUUUGGACCAUAUUUUAACGAUGGCAAUCCAAACCCAUUUUAUAUUUUACAAAGACCAACGAUUACUACCGCGAAUGCCUGGGCAACCAUGUCUCCUUUACCGUUGACUUUUACAGGGAAGGAGUUACAUUAAUUCGAGAUACGAUCGUUAUAUUAGAGGCUAAUUUGAAAUAUGAUAUAUAGAUAUCAUAAAUUGUUCUAAAUACCUUCCUUAUUAUACCAUACGUGCUAUAUGCAGCCCAACAAUAUGUUGCUUUCCAUUCUACCGUUCCGGCUAUUUGGCAUUUGCAUGUUGUAGGCAGGGAGCGAACUCCACCCCCCUGUAAAUCCCAACGGUAAAGGAGGCCUGGUUGCCCAGGGAUUCGCGGUAGUAAUCGUCGGUCUUUGUAAGUUCAAUAUAAAAUGGGUUUUGAUUUUAAUUGUUAAAAUAUGGUCCACAACUUGUACAUCUCGCCGAAAUAUCUCCCCACUUUUAAAAAACGGCAUCUGUUCUACAUGCAGGCCAAUAUUUUUAGAAAAUAAAGCGAUUUCGGUGGGAGAAUUUUUUUAUUUCGCGCAGACGGAUAUAUGAUCGACGAUUGUAAGUAGUUUGCCUUUAUCAUGUAUUAUGUAUACUAGUACCAUCAAGUGCAAAGUAUCGGAACAUAUUAGUCCAACAAAAGAGGAAUAAAAGGAGAUCAACAGACACUAUGAAAUAGGCAAGUCAAUUUAAUUUUAAAAUUUAUAUGUUAUGACGUAUUUUUCCUAUAAUAUACAUUACUAUGAGUCUAUACUGACCCUUGCGAGAUUGUGCCGCCUGUGUAAAAUCAAACAGUAACAUAAUCAUAGGUGUCGUGGACUUGUGGUUAUAGUGUCUAAACUUCCAUGAGUCAAAUAAUUUCUAAUGGCACAAUGUGCCUAGUGCAAUGUAGACCAGACAAUUUAUUGAUUAAGCGUAAGAUCCAUCAUGAUUUUCUAUCUUGAUCCUUUUGAAAUAUUUUGACAAUGGAAUGAGUACGUAUCCUAUUACUUUGUUUUACAGUUUACCGAUCCCCCGACCGAUACUACAGUUUUUGGAGUGAUUCAAUUUUGGUCACCAAAUACACCCUAUGUUGCUCUUCGAUCCAAUCAACAGCAUGACGGCCACAACCUUUUUCUGAGCAGUAAUGGAGCUGGAUACAUGAAACUGAAACGUUGGAAUAAACCAGUCCCGGAGUCUCCUUUUACGACCCCACAAGUCGACCCUGCUUUGUUAUUUCGAGUGGUCAGGCCGUUAGACCAGGAGUAAAUCGCCAACUAGUAAAAAUAGAUCUUGUUAUGGACUGUUUGACUUAUAAUUAUAAUUACUGAUGAGUUGUUUAUAAUUAUAGGUUGCUUUCAUCAUGCCACAGUUCAAUGCACAUGGAGGGCAUUUAAAUAAAAGAACCUCAUUAGAAUUCAUUAUUAAUUCAUAAGUCCAUCUGCCUGUUAAAAUCUCGUAGGAUUCAUAUAUAAGCUUUGAUAUAGAUAACUUGUUUUCAUAAAAACAACAAUAAACAGGAAUAUACUACUGC